AUGCCACUUGCACCGCAACCGCCUAUAAAUUCGGCAAACGGAAGCCAGCAUGGCAUCAUUCUUCGAAAAUAUUACCCUCCUGAAAUGACCAACACCCGGGCGGUUGAUUACAUUUCUGGCCGCCUGGAGCGCCCCAUCGAUACACUGCACAGGGUGCUCCAGGAGACUUGUGCGGAGCGCAGUUUGGUGGCUGCGGGAGACUCUGUGGUGCACUGGUUCAAGUGCGACACACGGACUACGGACAACAAGGCCCUCCACCUUGCAGGGAAAACAGCAAGACAGCACGGAAUCACCUUAAUCUGUGUGUACCUCGUGUCUCCACAGGACUUCGAGGCCCAUCUCACCGCUCCUGUCCGCGUUGACUUCAUCCUGCGUAAUUUAAGAGUAUUGAGAGAAGAUCUGGGAAAGUUGAAUAUCCCGCUGUACGUCGAAACAGUAGACAAGAGGAGGAAUGUGGCCACCAGGUUAUUGGAGCUGUGCAUGAGCUGGGGAGCGAGACACGUGUUCUGCAAUAUUGAAUACGAGGUGGACGAACUCCGAAGAGAGGCGGAUCUAGUCAAGGCUUGUUUGGCCAGAGGAAUAUCCUUCAAUGCCAUUGCGGAGAGAUGUGUGGUUGAACCAGGAAAAUUGAGAAGCAGCGCUGGCGGUGCAAUGUCUGUCUACAGCCCGUGGCAUAGAAGAUGGUGUGCAUACCUCAACCAAUAUCCAAAUGAGCUGGAUGCUAUUCCAACUCCAGAUAUGAACCCCCCCGACACUCGGGAAAGAUACCCAGAUCUAUUCAACUGCAACAUUCCAGAAGCUCCUUCAUCCAAACGGUUAUCUGAGCAAGAUAGUGUCAAGUUCUCUCUGAUGUGGCCGGCCGGAGAACACCGUGCGAAAGCAAGAUUGGACAGGUUCAUUCAGGAGAAAGCACGCGAAUAUCAUAACGUGAGAAACAUCCCGUCUUCCAACGGCUCUUCUGUCCUGAGUCCUCAUUUGGCAGCUGGCACACUGGCGGCACGCACUGUUGUCCGCGAAGCCAGAGAUGCAGCACCAAACAAGACCUUGACCGAUGACCGAAACCAAGGACACUCCAUGUGGAUUGGAGAAAUCGCAUUUCGGGACUUCUACACAUCAAUCCUCUGUUACUGGCCCUAUAUAUGCAUGAACAAACCCUUCAAGCCAGAGUACAGCAACAUCGAAUGGCGAUAUGACAUGGAUGAGUUUAGAAAGUGGACGGAGGGAAGGACGGGCUUCCCCCUCGUCGACGCGGCGAUGCGUCAAUUGGCUCACACGGGCUACAUGCACAACAGAUGUCGCAUGACUGUGGCCUCAUUUCUGGCCAAGGAUCUUCUCAUUGAUUGGCGGCUGGGUGAAAAGUGGUUCAUGGAGCACCUUAUCGACGGAGAUUUUGCAUCUAACAACGGCGGCUGGGGGUUUUCUGCCAGCUGCGGUGCUGACCCGCAGCCGUACUUUCGCGUGUUUAACCCCUUGCUUCAGAGCGAGAAGUUCGAUCCCCAGGGAGAUUAUAUUCGCAAGUGGAUCCCGGAGCUGGCGAACGUUACCGACGCAGAAGCAAUCCAUGAUCCUUACGGUCGCGGAUAUGCCAAAGUAGCCCAAACCAACGGGUACCCGAGACCCAUGGUAGAUCACCGGCAGUCACGCGAGCGGGCUUUACUGCGAUACAAGGCCGGAUUGGGUAGAACCACAGCGUGA